AUGAAGUUUUUUCACUUGCUCUUUCUCUCGGUCUUCUUGCUGCUUAUUGACGCUGCACCUACAUCAGAUCUCCAAGCAAGGGGGUUUCCCGUUAAGCCUAGUGACGAUCCCUUUUAUCAACCUCCUAGUGGAUAUGAAGACAAACCUCUUGGUACCAUUUUAAGAAUAAGAAAGCAAACUAACGCCUAUGGUAUUAUUAUCUUCCAGGCAAAAGUAGAAUCUGUCUAUCAAAUAUUAGUUCGUUCGGAGGAUUCUUUUAAUCAACCAAUUGCUGUUAUGAGUACACUCUUCGUUCCAUACAAUGCUGAUCCCUCUAAAUUACUCUCAUAUCAAGUUGCUCAAGAUUCUUCUUGUCCUGAUUGCGCUCCAUCUUACGCAAUGCAACUUUGGACUAAUCCAUUAACUUGGGUCACGGCUCAAAUAGAGCAGUUAUUACUUCUUGCUGCAUUUGAACAAGGUUAUUAUGUUGUCGUUCCUGACCACGAAGGUCCAAAGUCUGCAUUCAUUGCCGGUUGGCUGGCAGGUAAAGCCGUUCUAAAUACCAUUAGAGCCGCAUUGAGUUCAGGUAGUACAACUGGUGUUAAUUCUGAUGCCGAUGUGGUGAUUUGGGGUUAUUCUGGAGGUGCACACGCAACGGCGUGGACUUCACAGUUGCACCCAUCUUACGCACCUGAAUUGAACAUUCUUGGUGCCGCAAUGGGUGGUAUUCCAGUCAACGUUACCCAUGUUGCUUUAAACAAUAUGGGGACCAUAUGGGCAGGUUUCAUAUUCACUGCAAUUAAUGGACUCAGUCACGAAUAUCCUGAAUUAGGUGAGUUUGUAAAGGAGAAAGUUUAUCCUUCAAAAUAUAAACAAUUCACCAAUACAGACAAUUUAUGCCUUAUUGAGACCAUACCUUUGUAUCUCUUUCAAACAUGGGAUGAUUACUUAGAGGAAGGAAGCGAUGUGUUAUAUGAUCCUAUCGUUAAAAAUGUAACCGAUGCUCAAAAUUUGCUUACAACUGGAAAUAUUCCUGAUAUUCCAACAUUCAUCUAUUCUAGUGAAAAUGAUGAAAUUAUUCCUAUUGACGAUACAGACUCAUUAUAUGAGUUAUAUUGUUCAAAAGGAGUUAGUGUUGAACUCAGAAAGGAUACUUUCUCGGAACAUAUCAUCGCAGCUGUAUCUGGAGCAGGUCUUGCCUUCAAUUUUGUAAAGGAUAGGUUUGACGGAGUACCUGUAAAUCCUCAAUGUCAAACUUCUACAUCACUUAGCAAUAUUUUUGACCCUACUAGUUUAGAUGGUUUGGGAUCUCUCGUGAAGGGAAUAUUGUUAACAUUAAUCGGUUCUAAACUUGGUCCAGACAACCAGGUUAUCACUUCAUCUAAUUCAACUGAUGACGUCCUUAGUAGCUAUGGUCUUAGAAGGUGA